GACUAUUUUCAUCUUCAUCAUGUAUUAAUAAUGGGUGUCUCUUUAAUAUCAUGAUUUUAUACUAUUUAUAUUUAAUGUCUAUCUUAUAGUUUAGUAUCGCAUAUUUUGGUAUCUCUCUCGUUUGGUUUUUUUGUUACUUUAAAAUCCUCUUUGUACUUUAAGUAUGGAUAGAAUGGACUAUUUAUUUAGCUUUUGUAUGAAUACUUGUUCUUUAGACUCAUUUUAGAUUUAUAAUCUAGUUUUCGAGUGAUGCUUAUAAAUGGCGGUGCUGCUCCACCUAAUAGCGUGCCUGGGCUUCGUGGUCAUCCCAUUGCCAUUCCAACAUCGGCGUCUUUUGAUUUAUCGCUUAGUGACUUAAAAAUGAGCUUCUGCAAGAGGGUCAUGGAUACAUGUUCUGAUAUCAUCAGUUACGACAAGGCUUGCCAUACUCCUGGUCAAUGCUCAAAAACCUAUACAGAUGUAGUCAUGCCUGUAACCCACACAGUAUGUUCAUUUUUAAGUGAUCAAUGUGCUGACCUCGAUCUUGACGAAGCGGUAGAAAAGCUAUAUAGUGCUGGAGCUUUAAGUGUCGAUAUUAAGGAUACCGAACAGAUAGACUCAAAGAUUAGAGAGCUAAAUGAGCUCAAAGAUAAGAUUAAAAAGGUUACUCUUGGUGCACAUGCUGAACAAGCUAAAAAGGCUAGGGAUAAAUAUCUACAGGAACGAAUCGAUAGUCACAAAGUUACGCCUAAGUCUAGUAAAGGCGGUGAUGCAGAACUCGGGAAGAAUUUGGAUGUAGAGACUCCAACCGUCUAG